CAAACUGAAUUUGGUUAUCUAUUGGAUAGACAAGCGAAAAAAUCAAAUGCUGAAAUCUCAGAAUUACGUGGUAUCAUCAAGAUUAAAGAAGAAGCUAUUCAUCUGUUAGAAGAGGAGAAUUCACGUUUAAGUGAUUCAUUGAAAACAUUUUUAUACAAUAUGAAUAAACCAGGAAAUUUAGAUAAAACUACCAUGUCCACCAAAAAUUAUUCCAUUAAAUCUCAUGAAUAUCAAGAUUUAUUAGACAAUAAUAAUAAACAAAGACUUUCAAAUAAUCCUGUGAAUACGUCACGUCCUCAUCCUCCUCAUCAUCAAGGACAACAACAACAAGUUGAACAUCAGCAUGAUUAUACGCCUCAACAUCAUCAUUAUCAUCAUUCACCUCAAUCUCGUCAACGUGAUCAUCAUCAUAGUAACUAUAAUCCAUCAAAACAUACAUUCAAUCAAACAUACAGUCAUUUAAAUUCUUCAAAUACUUCUACCCCAAUUAAUACACCAAUGAUAAUAUCACCAUCACAUUUAUCUAUGAUCAAACCAGAUAACUAUGAUCGAACAAUAUCACCUCGUUCAAUGAGUCCAUAUAAAUUAGAUCAUUCUAAAAAUCAAUUAAUAUCACCAUCAUCAUUAUCAUUAUCACCAACAAAUUCAGAUAGAAUAAAAAAUAUUAAACGUCAAUUAUCACCAACUGGUAAACGUUUCCCAUAUUAUCAACCAUAUAUUCAUUCAUUAAUGCAUUCAAAUGAAUUAAAUAAAGUUGAUAAACAUAAAUGUUUUAAUGAAUCAAUAUUGGUACAAGGAAGCACCAAAUACAUAUGCGCCACACAAAUCUCAUUCGAUAUGUGUGAGGGCUGUGAUACUGUCCGGGUGCCCAGAUCGAAGCAAGUGGUUUGAUUAGGGGGCCACUCCCCGAGCCUUCGACCUGAAGCUCUGAUCCACAAGGCAGUGGAGCAUCGUAAGGAGAUGCAGUCCCAUGGAAGCCGGUGACUAACAAUUGGUUCAUACGCCAUUUGUUCCUGCAGGAUACUGGAGCCCAUGUGCACCAUUGAUUCGGUUUGGAAUCCGGUUAAAGCGCCGGACAUUCGCUUUUCGUCCUCUUAUUUUCGUAAAUAACACCCCCGCCACGAGAAAACAGUGAGUAGGACUUCCCUGGCAGAGGCUUUAUACGCAUGGCCAAUGUGAGAGUAUUUCGAGAGGGAGAGCGGACUCUCCGCGCUCUCGGCCGUACCAGGGCAUUUGGGGGCUUUCUUAUAUAAGCUUCCUUUACAUGAAAAUAUCUGGUUACAUGAGUGAGAAGACCAACAUAAAAAUGGAGAAAUAGGUUUGCAUUCACAUUAAUGUAUAUGUGUAUAUUUGUUAGUCGUUUGGAAAUUUAAGCUACAUUUUUUCUAUCAGUGGCAUAAGUAUCGUUCCUUAGAAAGGAAGACCAUAUCUUGGUCAAUCAUAUGAGCGUAACAUUUAACUAAUC